AUGGAGCGCGAACAGGUUAAAAAAGGCGCAUCUGCCGAGCCUGCCCCUACACGUCUCCCUCCGGAUCAGAUCCAACGAAUUGAAGUCAACCGGUUAAAAGCCAAGGCUCUCCGCGAGCAGCGCGAAGCCGAAGCGGCCCGUGACAACAGAGCAGCAGCCGCCGCCUCCGUUGGUGCCGGCGAUCCCGGUGCGGGUUCUACUGUCGCCGGAACCAAAAGGCCUUACUCGGCUACACUCACCUCCCGAACGCCCUCUUCUCUGCGCGAUGGCCGGGCGUAUAAUACGUCAGAACAAAGGCCGCUGGAUUCUAUCCGUCCAGCGCGGAAUUUUAGCAAAUAUGUAGAAUAUGAUUUCAGCAAAAUGACAGACACCAAAGGCGGCUUUUUGACCGCGGAGGAUGAUCCGCAUAAUAAGGUGCUGCAUUCUGAUCGCGAGUAUGAUGGAAAGCCCGCGCAUAUGACGCAGAAGGAGUGGGAGAGACAGCAGUUACUGCAAAAUCUACGGAAGGAGAAGGCGGGUCCGUUUGAGCCUGGGCUGAGUGUGCUGAGCAAAAGAGCUGAACAGAAGAAGUGUCGCGAGUGCGGGACGGUGGAGAUUGAUUGGAAAUGGGAGGAGAUUUUCAAGUGUUGCGUGUGCCAUGGGUGUAAGGAUAAGUACCCGGAUAAGUACAGUUUGCUUACGAAAACCGAAGCUAAGGAAGAUUACUUGUUGACCGACCCCGAACUCAAAGACGAAGAGCUCCUCCCACAUAUGGAGCGCCCAAAUCCCCACAAAUCCACAUGGAACAAUAUGAUGCUCUUUCUUCGCUAUCAGGUCGAAGAAUACGCCUUUUCCCCUAAGAAGUGGGGAUCUCCAGAAGCACUAGAUGCCGAAUUCGAAAGACGGGAGGCGGAGAAGAAAAGGAGAAAAGAAGCGCAGUUCAAGACUAAACUACAAGACUUGAAGAAGAGGACGAGAGUAGAGGCAUACCGCCGAAGUCGCCUGGCUGCAGAAGGAGGUGCAGGAGGUAACUUUGGAGAUGAUUUGGGUGGGAGGAGGAAGCAUGUUCAUCAGUGGGGGAGAGCCGUAGAAAACCCGGAGACGGGAAUAGGCGUCAAGACGUGUGUCGAUUGUGGAAUGGAGGUUGAAGAGUUGGAAUUCUGA